AUGGCUUCUUUCACCUCAAUGACCUACGAUAGCGCUAGUACUUCCUACAUGGGCGGUCAAAUGAGUCUCAGUGACCUCUCCAGCUCACACAACAAGCGAUCAGGACGGGGAGACGAUGAUGAUGAUCGUGACAACAAUGGAGGUUCAUGA